GCCAUGCUGCUCAUGGACAAUGCCCCUGCCCAUCCUUCAGGCCUCGAGGAAGACUUGCUGGAGGACUUUAAUUUCAUCAAGGUCAUGUUCCUUCUGCCUAACACCACCCCACUACUCCAGCCAAUGGACCAGCAGGUCAUCUCCAAUUUUAAAAAACUCUACACAAGGGAGCUUUUCCAGCGAUGCUUUGAGAUGACAGAUCGCUCAAGCCUCACCCUCAAUGAAUUUUGGAGAGAGCAUUUUGACAUUGUGAGCUGUCUGCAGAUUAUCACCAUUGCCUGGGCCGGGGUCAGCCAGACAAACCUAAAUUCUGCUUGGCGCAACCUGUGGCCAGAAUGUGUUGUGAAACCUGCCUCCAGUGCUUCUGCACCUGCACCAGAGUCAACAGUGUUGGAGGAAAUUGUUUCCUUGGGGAGGACAACGGGCCUGGAGGUGACUGAGGAGGAUGAGCUGGUGGAGGAACACGACCGUAACCUAACCGCCGAGGAGCUGGUGGAAUUGCAGAAGGAGGCGAUGGAGGAGCAGACUGCAUUUGAGGAGGAGGAGGAAAUGAGUGUGGAACAGCUCUCUUCCACGGAACUCAAGGAGGAAUGCCAAAUGUGGGUAAACCUACAGACUUUUGUACAGCAGCACCACCCAGAUAAGGCUCUAGCUCACAGACUUGUGAGCAGUUUUGACACAGACAUCAUGUCCCCUUUCUGA